AUGAGUGGUGAUGACCUGCACGGUGGCGCAUAUACGGGUGGAGCAGGCCUGGCCUAUGCUCUGCUCAAAGCCUCAUCGUUCCCGUUUGCGGCCGGUCAGGAGGAGGGCUUACUGGAUGCCGGGAAACGUAUUCUACAGCAACAUCUGGAAACAGCUCAAAAAAAGGAAGCAGGCCGAGAAACGUGCUAUUUAUUGGGAUCGUUGAGUGUUUAUGUGGUUGCCAUACUGUACGAAGGCGGAAACGAGCAGGAACCAAUUGAUCGUUUGAUCGAAAGUGGUAAUUUGAUCGCAAGCAAAGACGUCUCCGGUGAAGGAGAUGAUGAAUUGCUGGCCGGUCGUGCUGGAUUCUUGGCUGCCGCGCUCACCCUCAGGAAAAAAAUUAUUCCUGACCACUGCAUCAGAGGUGUUCUGAACAAAAUGAUUGACUCCGGUCGACGUUAUGCAGCUGCAGGACGGUUCCCCGUGCCGCUAAUGUAUCGCUAUCACGGUCGUCACUAUCUGGGUGCGGCACAUGGUAUGAUGGGCAUUUUACAGAUGUUGCUUUGGUAA